GACUACUACGGCGUUUGGGCAUCAGCAAGGGCGGCGUCGGAAGACGAGAUCAAGAAAGCGUACCGCAAACAGGCUCUGAAAUACCACCGGACAAAAACAAGUUCCGGGAGCCGAGGAUAAGUUCAAGGAGAUCGCCGAGGCGUCUCCGAUGUCCUGAGCGACCCGAAGAAGGAAGGACAUUUACGACAGAUUUGGAGAAGAUGGGCUGAAGGGUGGUUCUGGUGGUCCAAAUGGGCCUAGUGGUUUCACCUACACAUUCCAGGGUGACCCUCAUGCCAUGUUUGCUGAGUUUUUCGGCGGCCGGAACCCGUUCGAGCACUUCUUCGGCCGUGGAGGCGGCGGCGACGAGGAGAUGGACGUCGAUAAUCCAUUCGGCUUUGGCAUGGGUGGCUUGGGAGGCAUGGGAGGCGCGCGGCCCUUCGGCAUGCGCGGCGGCCACGGCGGGAGACUGGAGAAGAAGCAAGACCCGCCGGUGACCCAUGACCUCAGGGUCAGCCUGGAGGAAGUGUUCAGCGGCUGCACCAAGAAAAUGAAGAUCUCCCGCAAGAGGCUGAACCCGGACGGCAGAACGACGCGGUCCGAGGACAAGAUCCUCACGGUGGAGGUGAAGAAAGGCUGGAAGGAGGGCACCAAGAUCACCUUCCCUAAAGAGGGCGACGAAACGCCAACGAACAUCCCAGCCGACGUUGUGUUCGUGGUGAAGGACAAGCCACACCCGGUGUUCAAACGGGACGGGUCCGACAUCGUCUACCCAGCCAAGGUGACGCUGAAGGAGGCUCUCUGCGGUUGCACUGUCAAAGCUCCUACGCUGGACGGCCGUUCCGUGUCCGUGACAGUGCAAGACAUCAUCCGACCUGGCAUGAAGAGGCGCAUCACUGGGGAGGGACUCCCUUUACCCAAAAGCCCAGAUCGCCGUGGCGACCUAAUCGUUGAGUUUGAAGUCAAAUUUCCCGAGAGGUUAAGCCAGGACGCCAAGGAUACCAUCGCUAGAGUCCUGCCUGCGUAUUGAACACUUUCCUAACCCGUUCUGCCACAGUCGUCGCCAUGGUUGUGGAGAGCAAGCGUGUCGUCACGGCCGCCUCGGGUCCCGCUCUCCCGUCUAAACCUCUGGAGGACAAAACUCCAUAAUGCUGGACUGUAAAGCCAGCUGGACUGUAAAAGCCAGUGGCUGCUGCAAAGUCUCUUUGUAUGGAGACUCUAUGAGACAAUACUGAAAUCUUUCCUACUGCGCUUCCUUCGCCUCGGACGUUCGCAUGAGCUCGUCGUCAAAAAAUACUCCAUCAAAGCUGCCACCCAAACGUGUAGCAGGUACACCUGUUUGUACUGCUGAUAUCAAGUGGCCGAUGGAAGAUUUUCACGGUUCGUGUGGAACCAUGAAGGUCGUUUAUUUCUUUCCCUUCAAAGAAAUGGGCUCUUCCUCAUAUGCACUGUUGAAAUAUGUAUAUUUUGUGGUUUUGUUGGCUUUUGUUUACUUUCUGUACUUUUAUGAAUAUAUUUUUCCCAGAUUUUUCAGUGUCAUUGUGCACAGGCAGCAGUGAUGUACUGGAAUAAAGACAGUGUCUGCUCUGUAAGCAGCACCCUGGUUAUUGUAGUUUUAUCUGGUUUUUUAGUUUCUCUAUAAAGUUACACUCUGGCCAAAGAUGAUUAUGUAUUAGAGGAUAAAGCUAUUUUAAUAUAUAAACUAGUUAUUUUGUUACAUAUUGAAGUUUAUUGGAAAGUCCUUGAUGUGUGCAUAGACAUAUUAACACAUGAUCUGUUUUAAAGCUGCACUAUGUAAGAUUUGUUUUGCAAAAUUGAAAGAAGUAACAUGACUGAGUCAGGAGAAGAAAAACACACUAAAACGCAUUGCGUGCGCUUCUGCGAGUCGCGCUGCAAAGCCUGAAAUAAUCAUGUAAAAGUUAAUGGUGUUGGGAGUCUUUAUGCAUUAACAUCACACACAGAGACGCAAUAAGAACGUCCAGCUCAAUGUUUACGUUUCAAAUGCAAAAUGACAGAAGUAGGUAAUCCACUCACGUCCUUGGGAGACACGUCCCUCACCGAGUUUUGACCGAGUUCUCUUUGAAUCGUCAACCACCAGAUUCAUCUGCUAGGGGAAGGGGUCCGAAACGCAACCCACGUUGCGAAUGUUCUUUGUGUUGCAUGCAAUUACACGUUCCCACCAGAAAGGUCUCCAAAGUCCUCUUUAACCUACCAAGUGUGGCUCAUUCAUGAACAUUACAAAAUGAUGAACUGCUUCAGACGGGAUCCUAUUGCAUCAUUCAUGUGAGGAAUUCCCAUUUCAUCCACUUCUGAGCCUGGAUUCUCAGUAAGACUUAGAUCCGUGUCUCAGCAACAGAAAUACUGUGAUAUGAAACUGUUGAGGGUUAGUUGAGCAUCAAACUUAAUGAUGUCACUAAAAUUAAAAGUGCGAAAGUGACCAAUGGAAAUGCAUUAAACUGGGCUCCUGUAUUAGUGAUUCACCCUUUAAGUGAAACGUGCUUCCAAGCCAAAGAUGAUACAGGAGCCUAGAACACGUAGGAAAACGAUGGAGUUAUUCUGAACACUUCCAGCACAUAUCACUUCACACUAUGGCCAUUCCACGAGCCUGGUUUACAUUUGCACACGUGUGGUGAAAGCUCUGUUUUGUGUUGGGUUUCUGGAUGUCUGGUUGAUUUCAGAGGAAAAUAAAAAGACUUUGUGUUUGAAA